CCAAAAUGGCCUCCGAGGAUGAGGAUGACUUGGAGGCACUUCGUAUGUUGGCCUUGGCUUCUAUGAAAAAUAAGAAGAAGCCAGAUAUAUCUAAAAAGUUAGACACACCAACUUCCAGUGUACAUCUACAUCCACAUCCAUUAGAUGUGUUAACAGCUACAAGUGGUAUUAUAACAAAAUCUGUUACUAAGAGUGCACCUGUCACUAGCUACAGUAAUUACACUCCUCACUAUGGACAACCACCAACACAUCAAUAUCCUGGUGGACAGCCAGUUCAGUAUUCAGGAAACUACAGUACUUGUACAGUGGAACAUUACAGUAAAACCAACAACUACAGCACUGGUGGCAACUUUACUGGCAGACGACAGCAGAAGGUUCCAGAAUUUAGGAAUAAUCAGCAGAGACAAAAUGUGGCCAGUAAUCCUCCUCGACAGAGUAACUUGAUAGUUAUUAAUACUGUUCCUAUGAAGGGUGAGGAAAAAUCUGCAUUAAAAACAGGAAAGAAUAUUACAGAAAAGAGUGAUUCUACCAAACCUGUGUUAAUCAGACCACAAGACAAAUGGGCAUUGACAGAUGAGGAUAGCAUGUCAUCUACCCCUACCAGAAUAAAGGGCACUGACAAGUUUUCCCGAUAUCGGUCAGAUUCAGACAGUGAGAGUGAACAAAGCUCAGACGAUAGCGAUGAUGAUAAAACAGAUAAAUCUAGGAGGUUCCAUCUCAGUUCUGAUAAUGAUUCCGCAGACGAUAAUCGGACAAAUUAUUCAAAUCGAUCUAGAAAAUAUUCUGGUCGCUCUGAUGGAGAUUUUUCUGAAAGACGAAAAAGUUUUCAGGGAUAUGACAAUGAAAUGAAGAGUAAGAACCCUGACGAUGAAUUAGAUGGUAGCAAAUCAUCAAAGUCAUUAUCAUCUGUAUCUUCAUCUUCUUCUAGUUCUGACAGUGAAAGUGAUGAAGAGAAAAAUAAAAGUUACGAGUCCAAUUUAAAUAAAUCAUCUUCACCAGAAAAAGAUAUCAUAAAUGUUGUCAAAAAUGAAUUUGUUAAACAUGUGUCAAAACUAAAUUCUGAACUAGAAAAGAAAAUCGAAAAUUUGGCAAAAAGUGAGCAGACUUUAAACACAAAAUUGAGUACUUCAAAUAUUGUUAAAUCAAAUGGGAAGUCUCGGCAGAUUGAGGAUAACAUUAAAAAUAUCCCAAUGCCUACCUCUAAAAAGGCACCAGAGAAGACCGUAGAAGUUAAAAACGAAUCAUCUAAAUGCUUAACUUCAGAUUCUAAAAAAGACACUAAAGAAAAUGUGAAAUCUAAACAAAAAGCUACAGACAGUAAUAAAGAAUUAAAGGCAAUUCCUUCAAAAAGAGUGUCUACCAAUGACAAAAAAGAAUCAAAGGAUUCUAUUUCUACAAAACAAGUUACUUCUGAAUCUGAAAAAGCUAAAUUAGUUACACAGGAAAAAUCAGACUUGAAAAGAAGGUCAAGGUCAAAAACUCCAGUGAGAAAAUUCUGCUUCAAAUCAGGAUCACCUAUCAGAAGGAAGUCACGGUCACCUUCAAAACCACAGGAAAAAGUUAAAGAUUCUAACAGAAGAGCAAGGUACACAAGAGAGUCCAGAUCAAUAACUUCAGGCAGACGAAGACAAUCAAGGUCCUUAACUCCUCCAGCUAGGAAGAGAAAAUCAAGAUCUAUAACUCCACCUCAGAGAAAAAAGGCACCAGUUACAAAAGGAAAAUCGAGGUCAAAAUCACCAGUUAUUGUGAAGAAAUCUGGGUCUAGUUCUCCUGUAACAAAAUGGGCUUUCAGGUCAGGAUCUCCAAUCAGAAGAAAAAGAUCAACUAGUGCAGAAAAGAAAAAAUCUUGGUCACGAUCACCAGUAAGAAGAAAAUCUCCAGUGAGGAAAAGACGUUCAAGAUCAAAGUCUCCUUUAGUUCCCAAGAAAUAUAAACUUGAUUCACCAAAGCAGCAUAAAUCAGUAUCACCAUUUGGAAAAUGGAAAUCUAGGUCUCGCUCACCAUGCUCUAAAACAUCCAAAUCAAAUAAAGAUGUAAGUAAGGGUCAGGUCAAAACAGUUAAGAAAUCUAUGAAAAUGCCAAAGAAAAAAGGUAAAAUUUCAGAUGAAAAUAUGAAUGAGAAACUUGAAGCUAGGAAAAAGAAGUUUGAAAGUGCUAAUGUACCUGAAAGUGAUAAGUUGUCAAAGAAAAUAUCACUUAAAGGAAUUGUAACUAAAGGUAAGAAGAAAAAACUGAAGGAUACUGGGGGUAAGACAGAAAGUGAAAAAGUUUCAUUUGGACGUGAAGAUAUGGGGAAAGAACCGGCAAUCAGUGAAACAAAGUCUAGUCAAAAGUUGAUGAAUAUUGAGAAAGUAGGGAAAACUGAAAAAUUUAAAACUCCAAAGAAAAGAAGAACUAGCAGCACAGAUAAAAAAUCUGACUCAAAGAAAAAGAUUACACCAAAGAAACAUGUAGACAAUGAAUCUGACAGUUCUAGUAGCUCAGAGAAUAUGUUGUCGAGUGACAGUGAGAGUGAUUCUGACAGUCAAACAUGGCGGAACAAAAAAUCUAGAAAGUCUGAAAGAAUGCAAGAAGAUAUUGAAAGGGAAAGGCGACAGAGAAUUAAGCAAGAGAGAAUUCACAACAGGAGGACAAGUAGAGACACUGAAUCAAAUUCCUUCCACAGAAACUUUAAUGAUAAUAGUUGGCAAAAUCGUAGACAAAGAGACAAUAGAUUUAAAGAACAUAGAAAUAAAAUAUUCGUUGAAAUGAGUGAUGAUGAAGACUCUGGAAGAUAUUCUAGUCACAAAAGGUCAGAUUCACGGAAAUCAUACUUUGAGUCUAAAGACAAUGGGGAAAGUAGAUCGCUAAAGAUAGAGAUUAACGAUAAUGGAAAGAAGAGAACACGACUAGUUUCUACUGAUGAUGGUGAACAAGAUUCAACAGCAUUAGGUCAAAGGAGAUCUGAUAAAGGUCGUUCAAAGAGUCCAACAGUAACGGUUACCCUAAGUACAGGUGAUAAUGAAAAUAACUCAGCCGUCAAAAAAUCAAAGGUGUCCGUCCACGACAGACUUGGUAAACAGUUGUCAGAUGACAGAAAAGUUAUCACAAAGUCAAGGAGGGUGGAAGAAUAUGAUGAUGAUAGGCCUUCCAAGAAACUAAAAAUUGAUGACAGACCAAAAGUACGGUCAUCUGUUGCUGAUAAAGUUAGGCCAGAAAGGAGGAGAUCUUCAGAUGAAUUAGACCAAAGGACGUCAAAAUCUGGAUUUAAGUGUAAUGAUCUUGAAGAAAGAAUAAAGAAGAUUCAGAAGAAUAAUGAAGCAAUAAAUAAACGACGGCACGAAGUAAUGAUGGACCAACAGAAAUAUAGUUGAUGUGGAUAAUUUAACAUGGAUAUGUGCAAAUACAAACCUCUGUUACCUUCGUGAUUGAUUUGUCAUGUAUAUAUAACUUAGUUUGUGAUACUGAAUUGAAAAUUAGUUCUUAUAUACAAUAAAGUUUAACUCCACUUUUGACAGAAUGAGGAAACUGGUCAAAAUACAUUAGAAUUAUGUUUUUUUUUUUUCAAGGAGAAUUGAAGGCACUUAUUUUUAAAGAGUUUUAAAGGAGAACUGAAGACCCAAAAUAGAACAGUUUGAUGUAUAAUUGUUACUGAAUAUUUCAAAGUGAUAACUGAUGAGAACAUCUUAUUUGUAUGUUGUAUAUCACUAAUGUUUCUAUAAAAGAUAUCGUUAUUAUAAGAUAGGAUUUUGUUAUCAACAUACCAAAAGAAAAGAUAGGAAUAAAAUAUGAGGGUCAAAAUGGUCAGUGUUCAUAGUCUAAUAUAACAUCAUAGAUGAAGAAAAAGUAGCAAAAUGUUGUUUUCUAUUCAGUUUAGGCUUUUUUAUAUUAAAAUCUCCUACAAAACAGAUAUUUUGAUGCUGAGUCAGUUGUGUUUGUCUGUUUUCUGAACUUCUGUUCCUACUUCUGAAAAAUAUUUUAUCUUAGUAUGAAAUAUAUUUUCAAAUAAAUCCUCACAAUCAUGAUUUGGACUUUUGGUAAACUCACAUGUUCAGUAAUUGAUUAAAUAUUACUUAAUUGUGAAGUUAAUUACGAUUGACUGCAAGGUUCUGUUUUAUUUUAAGGAUUAGGGUUAUUCAACAGUCCCCUAUUUAAUUGAAGUUCAGGUUAUGAUGCUUGUAAAUCUUGUUUACCCUGCACAGUUUGUCUUUGUAGUUACAUAGGUUUGCAUGGAUGUCAGUUAUUUUAUCAGCUUUGGAAUGGUCUAUGCAUGUCAUAUCCAUAGUUUGUUCUUUUCUUUUUCCAUUAUUCUGAAAUGAAAUCAAUUUCAUGUUUUCUUGUCAUACAAAGUGUCUUAGUAUGGACCUAUUGUCAGAGCUGAAUUUUUUUUGUGUAAAGCAUUACAUGUUUUAUUUUUUUCCCUCUUUAUGCUGUACUUUUUCUGAUUUUUGCAGAUUAAAUUUGCCUUUCAUUCCAGUUGACACAAUCUGUGUAGAAUUGUAAGCCUUUGGGACAUUCUUGUUACACUGAACAGCUAGUAUUUGGAUACAUAUCACAUGAUAUUCAGCAUUUAAUAUCACUUAACUUUUAAUGAGAGUUUGUUUUCCCAUUGUCCGUCCGUCGGUCCCGCUUCAGGUUAAAGUUUUUGGUCAAGGUAGUUUUUGAUUAAGUUGAACUUGAAACUUAGUACACAUGUUCCCUAUGAUUUUAAUGCCAAAUUAGAGUUUUUACCCCAAUUUCAUGGUCUACUGACCAUAGAAAAUGAUAGUGCGAGAGGGGCAUCCGUGUACUAUGGACACAUUCUUGUUUUUGUAUAUUAUACUUUUUCUAAAUUCAUACAGUUGAGACUCAUGUUUAAUAAAUACACUAUGUAUAUUUUUAACUAUUUAUAUCAAUCUUUCAGUAUUAUUUCGGAUGUUGGAUGACUUAAUAUAGAAAUAAUCAUGAUAAUAUAUAUCUGAUCAUUUUUUUGAUAUACAGAGUUUAGAAAUUUGAGGAAAAUUGAGAUAUGAAUGAUACUAAAUGAAGAUGAACAAGCAAGGCAUAAGACUGCUGCGUUAUCAUAUUUUUCAAAGUCAUAAAUUGUUAGGUUUUGAAUAAAAUAAUUUAUUCUCAAAUUUAUCACAACUGCCAUUUUUAAGAUACUGUUUACAUACCUUUUCAUAUCUUUAUAAUGUUGUUUUUGUAGUAAUAUUGUGAGACUCUUUCAAAGUUUCAUGUUUUUGCCCAAGAAACAUAGAUUUAUUAGAAAAGAAGUUUGAGUGAGGCUACUGGCAUUUAGACUAAAUUGUAAUUUGAAAAGCUUUCAUAAUGCUUAGAAUGAUGGCAUUAUCCUUUUAAACAAUACAAUAUUGUAAAAAACAAUUGACAAAAUGAAAAUUCUAAGAAUUUUGGAAGUGUAAUGUCCAAUAUUAAUCAAACAUUCACAACUUGUAAUAGUUUUGGAAAAACAGUGCUUCUGCUUUUAGGGUAAAUAAUCAAAAUUCAGCAUUAAUUGACACAAGUAAAUUUAAUGGAUUUAGGUUAGUACCAACAUUAUUUAUUGAAAAAAUGGUGAUGAAAAAAAAAAACAGAAGAAAUAAAUAUUUUGAUUUAAAAAUUGGUGAUCAAUGAAAGUUUUGAGACAGAUAAACACUGCUGAUUAAUACAAAAUUAUAGAUGGUUUUAUUUAAUAAGAGUUGCUAAAGAGGACUAGUUUCAUGCUUAUACAGUAUGCACAGUGUAUGGACGCUACAAAUGGUUUCUGUGAAAUUUUUCAGGCGUACUUAAAAAAAAAUGUUUACGUCGGACAAAAAUAUUGUUUAUCAGUGUUUGGGAUUCUGUUAUUUGGUGUCUUUCUGACCGCUGUAUUAACACUAAUGCACAUACCCUGGUAGUUUUACUGUAUAUGUGUACAAUAUCAAGUAUGAUAAAAAAUAUUAAAAAACUAUCCCAAUUUAAGCAUGAUUAUAUUACUCUAUUUGUUACAAUGGUUUAUAGAAUUUUGUGGCAGUUUAUUUUGAAUGUUAUAAUUAUCAGCAUUUUUAUUUCAUUUCUUAUUCAGUUUUUUUUACCUAGAGAACCGUAAAUAUGUAAAAAGCAUGACUGAUUAUGCAUCGUUAAUAAGUUGUUACUACAGUAUUGUAAUAUAACUAGAUUGCAUAGUUGACUAUGCUCCUUAAUUAUUACCAUUACAUUGUAAUAUCUAAAAUACAUGUCUGAUUAUGUUCUGAAUCAUUACCACAUACUAAUAAUGUCUGAAAGACCGGAGUACAAAUGUUACUAAAUCAUUAUUACAUGUAUAAAUGUUGAUAAUAUUUCAUUCGAAGUUUGUUUUAUCUACAGAUGUGAAUAAUUUACAUUGUAUUAAGAAUCUAAACAUGUUUAAGUUAUUGAUUUAGAAUAUUUACAAUGUAAAAGGACUACUAAACAGUAAACCAUAAACAUGUUAACCAAUUAUCACACAUGUGGUCAAUCUCUAUUUUGAUUUUAAAAGUCUAAAAACAUCAGGUGUUGAAAUUCAGGAGCCUGUUAUUCAGAGGUUGUCAGUGGUUGCUGUCUGCUUUAUUUGUUUCUUGUUUGUUUGUUUAAGCACAAAUCAGUCCUUUGGUUUUCACAUUUUAUCAUGCUUGGCCUUUUAUAGCUGACUAUGCAGUAAAAAAUUUGCUCAUUGUUGAAGGUUGUUCAGUGUCCUCUGGUUGUUUAUAUCCUUGUCCUUUGGUUUCUGGUGUAUAGUUGUCUUAUUUAGCAAUCAUAACACAUCUCUUAAUUUUUAAAUUGCUAUGAAGCAACUUCAAUAAAUUAAGAUAAAGACAUCUCAAUCGGGCCAUUUAAAUUUAACUUUAGAAGUAUUGAUGUCAGUUCCUAACUUUUUUUUAUAAAUCCUCUCCCUACCCCUUUACUGCUUACUGAAGUGAGAGGUGUUAAUGGUUGGUGUGUUCAUUUCUUUUGUUAAUCUUUCCUCACUUAAAUUCUCCAAUUGCUUAUUUAUAAUUGAUUGAAUGUAAAGGAUUUUUUUAAGUUAAUAUCAACUCCAAAUGGUGUGGUACACCUCAUAAUGUAUUUUUAUUCCAAGGUUAACCAUUACUGUGAAAGGGGGAAGACAUAUUUUACCCCUUCCAAAACUCGUAACUGUGUUUCAAUGGAUCUUUAAAGUAAUCCCAAGUACCUAAUAAAAGUAUUGUUAAGGUUCCAUUUUUAAUUAUCAUAACUAUACCAUUAAGGAAGAGAAUGUGUAUGAAUUGAUGUACAGUAUUUGUGAAGUCAGCUCACAGUAUUCUAAAUAGUUCCUGAUACAAUUGAAUUGACCAGUUGUACGAAAAUUGGUUAACAAAUGUUGUUUGCUGUAGACAACAUCAAAAUCUGACUGCUGAAAUUGUAUGUUUUAUCUAUGAAAGUGAAAGUUUAAUAGUGAAACAAUAACAUUUGCAAAAGUAAUCAUGUAUAAAAAAAAUUGAAAUAAAUUGUUUAACAAGCGCUUGUUUAAAUUUGCCAAAUUUUUAACAUAUGUUCUAAGUUCAUAUUUGUAUUGUUAUGAAGUAUAUAUUUUGGGGUUUUUAAGAUAUAAUUGAAACUAUAUAAAAAAACACUUCAAUUAAAAUUUGAUGUAUUUGAAGUGCAUAUUAUUUCUAAAAGGUAAAGAGGUCAAAAUAUAUAUGUCAUAGUAAAUAAAGUUGUAUGCAAGAUUUAUUUUAAGAAAUGUGCCUUCUGAUUACAGUUUACAAUUACUUCUCCAACAGCCCUUUAAUAAAUGUGUUAAAAUACAACAUAAAAAAUUUAUCUGUGCGAUCUAAUUGCAAAAUGAUUGUUGUUUGUACGACAGAACAUUCUGACAUAUUCAGACGGGGACAUAGCCGCCCCAUUAAAAAACAUUAAAAAAAAAAUUUUAAAUAGUAAUUUAUAGAGAUUUAAAUAUUUUUAUCAUGGUUUUUUCCUAAAUGAAGAAAGAGUAUUCUGAAUAAAAGUUGUUUAAAACUUUUGAGCACAAGCUUUUGAAAAACAAGAAAUAUUGACACACUGCUCUCCCAUAUAAUUGACUGGUACCCUGUAUGAUUCAUGUACAAUUGUAUACUAUACAUAGAUGAAAGGUAUGUGAUGGGCUGCAAAAAAAGAUGAACUUUGUACACUUAGAAAAAUUGUAUUUCAAAUGUUUGAUGCAUGAUUUACAAAUAUUAAAGGUACUAUGUGUCCUUAGUAACAUCAGAAAACAGUUUAUUGUCCUUUAUUUCAACUAAUGUCUAAAAAGGUUUUUGAAAUGUCAUUGAUAAUAUUGAGAUACUUGUUCAAAACUCUAAUAAUAUAAUUUAUUGUAACUCAACACAUGACCUUACAGGCAAUACAAUUGCUAAUAACUCUCAUAUAACACACUGUAUAAACUCAAAACUGUAGCAACUUGUUUGUAACAUAGUAAAGUUGAUAUCUGUUCUAUCAAAAUGUUUCAUUAAACAUUGCUUAUAAUAUGUUUUGUUGUGUUAUAUAGAUUAUGAAAUAUAACUUAUAAUAAUUCUAUUACUGUUAAAGGGUCAUGAAACACCACUUGAAAUAAUUCUUUUACUUGUAAGGUUAUGAAGCAUCACUUGUAAUAAUUCUAUUACUGUGAAGGUUAUGAAACAUUGCUUGUAAUAAAUCUUUUAUUGUUAAAAAGGUUAGGAAACAUCAAUUGUAAUAAUUCUUUUACUGUAAAGGUUAGGAAACCUCACUUGUAAUAAUUCUUUUACUGUAAAGGUUAAGAAACUUCACUUGUAAUAAUUCUUUUACUGUAAAGGUUAGGAAAUAUCACUUGUAAUAAUUAUUUUACUGUAAAGGUUAGGAAACAUCACUUGUAAUAAUUCUUUUACUGUAAAGGUUAGGAAACACCACUUGUAAUAAUUCUUUUACUGUAAAGAUUAGGAAACAUCACUUGUAAUAAUUCUUUUACUGUAAAGGUUAGGAAACACCACUUGUAAUAAUUCUUUUACUGUAAAGGUUAGGAAACAUCACUUGUAAUAAUUCUAUGACUGUAAAGGUUAGGAAACAUCACUUGUAAUAAUUCUAUGACUGCAAAGGUUAGGAAACAUCACUUGUAAUUGUUUUUUUACUGUAAAGGUUAGGAAACACCACUUGUAAUGAUUCUAUGACUGUAAUUGAUUUAUUGCAUUUGUAAGUAAUUAUUAUGUUACCAUCAUCAUUUAUCAGAUAUUUGCAUAUUUGUUAAAAUGUUACAAGAUCUGUAUAAUUGUGUUUAUGUUUAUGUUUUAAUCCUCAUUCAGGUUUGCAUGUAGAAGCUGAAAUAAAGAAAGCUUAUCAGAGAUUGAAGACUGUCAGAGGCAAAAUGUUUAAGAAAAAAAGAAAAAUAGUCUAGUUUUGUUUGAACUGAAUAUAUGAUUACUGAUUGUUCAGAAACUUUUAUUAUCAGUUUAUUCUGUAUUAAUGGGGAUCUAGAACAUCAUGAUCAUGAAUCAUAUCUUAUGUAGUCCCCACCAGUAAAAAAAAGUGAGGGGCUGUGAUAUACAAUUUCUGUUGUAUUAUAUGCCCCCGCUUUGCCAGACCAUAUUGUCCACAACUUCUAAAACAUUAACAGAAUUUUCAGAUUUACAUUUGUGAUUUAUUUCUGUAUGGUAACUUCAAGAAUGAAUGUUGAAUAUAAAUGAAAUGAGAUGUGUUGUAAAUGUCAAUGAGACAGCAAAUCAACAAUGUUAGUUCAUAGAAAAUAGAUAUGCCUUUACUAUUGGCAGAUCAUUAUAAAAAAACAAUCGGUCAAUGAGAUGUAAUAUGCUACAGAAACUGUAUACCAGAAAAUAUGCAUAUCAGAUAACUCUAAUGGGAUCUUCAACAAAAACAUAAAAAUUGAUACUAUUAAAAAAUGACAUAAACAUUGGCACUGCCAUCAAGAUGGCAGUUUCAUUUCUGCAACUAAAAGAUAAAGAACAACAGGCAUAGCACUUCACCUUCAUUUUAAUGGAUAUAGGCCAGAUAUAGUCUGAUGUAUUAUGUAUCAUAGAAGAGUUCAUACAUGGUUCACACUUCAACUUCAUAGACCUAAUAGGUUAAAUUCAAAGGGCUAAUUAUUCAAUAUUUUUAUUGAUUUUUCUUAGCCAACUCAGGGAAAAUAUUCAUUAAAAUCACAAUAUUAUUCAUAAUUAGCUUUGAACAGUAGUGCUUGUUUAUUUCAAAGCUACAUUUGUUUAGAAAUUGUUUGACUACUCUCGAUGACGAUUCUUUUCUCAUUUGUGAUAGAUGUAAUUGUUGAUUUUGUUUUAUAAUUAUUAAGAUGAUUACUGAAGUUUUUGAAGAUAUAGAACUAAAUUUUAAACAAUAGAUUAAAAAUACCCUUAAAAAAGCAGAUGUUGAUUGGAAAAAGAAUCUUUGCAUUCAUUGUUAACCAGGACCAACAGUCUGCUGACAAACUAUAUUCUGUUAUUCUAUCAUAUACACGUAGUUCAUAUACAUGUUCAUAUUCAAUUUAAAGUUUCCAUUAUAUGAUCAAAAUGUACAAUUAAAAAGUCUAAACUUUCUAAAAAUAUCCAUGAUUUUUAAGCAUUGUUUUAACAUUUUAUUACGGUAUAUUAUUCCUUUCUAUGUAUAAGUUGCCUAACUUGGGUAACCUCAUUAGAAAAAGGAAACUGCCAAUUUAGGUUGUAUCUGCCUUUACAUUAUAAAUCUCAGAAUACACUUGAAAUAUUGUCUAUCACCUAUCACAUUGAUAUGUUUUUAUGACUGAACUACUUAAGAUGACUACAUUACUUGACAGAGGUCACAGAAUUAUAAUCAGAGUAGAUGGAUGCUUGAUUUUACAUUUUGAAGUGGCAGCUUAAAGGAUUAUCUUAUCAUUUUAACAGAUCUCUACCAGAUGUGUUCAUAAAGACUGUGAUAUUUAUAUUGUUUUGCUUUUUUACAGAAAUAAAUAUUUAAAUUUAAGAAA